UCCGGUGCGCGCUCAGACCCAGGAGCGCCGGGCUCCCAUCCCCCACGCCCACCUGCUGCGCUGGUCGCUGUCCCCCUGCACCUGGCUGCGGUGUCCAGUCACUCGGGCUGUGUCAGGGACAAAGGAAGGGAGCAGCCUGGUCUGGCGGGAGAGCAGACACGUAAGGCCUUUGCAGAUCCUCAAGACAGAUCGUCGGGAGGGGACCGAGAGGGGGGAAGGUCGCUGUGUCCAUCAGGCCAGUAGGCAGCCAGAGCCCCGAGCCUUGCUUCAGUCACUUGAACUUGACUUCUAACCAGGGGCUAGCCUUCUAGGGUGCUACUGGCACACUGCAUGAGCUGCAGUCCCCCCCUGCCCGCAGAUCGGCAUCCCGUGGGCAGCAAAAUGGCCGUUAGCCUUUUGCAGAAUUGGUGCAGAGGGCUGGAUGUGGACGAACACAGGGCCCUGCUGGUCACCGGAAUCCCGGAGGACCUGGAACCGGUGGACAUCGAAGCCAUCCUGCAGCCGACCUUGCUGCCCCUGGGCCAGUUCAGGCUGCUGGCGGUGAGUGCCAUGAGCCAGGAGAAGGCCAAGGCCGCCCUGGUGGACUUUGUGGAGGACGUGGAUCUGGCGGCCAUCCCUAGGGAGAUCCCGGGCAAGGACGGGGUAUGGAGGGUUCUGUGUGAGACCGGAGCACAGGACACACAGGUCCUGAAGCAGCCGAAGAACCUGCUGCUGGAUGAAAGGCCCAGCCAGGCCUCUGGGGACACGGAAAGCCAGGCCCAGGGGCAAGGGCAGGAGGCCGGGAAGUCUGGCAUCCCUGGUAAAGCUCCCCGGAGCCGUCGGGGGGGCAGGCGCAGAGCCAGAGGCCAUAGGGUGACCCAAAAAUGCAAAAAGAGGGGCCGGGGAGGGCAGUCUGUGAUGAGCGAGUCUGGGGACUCUUCAGAUGAUGGCUUGGGUAUCGUGAUAGAGGAGAUCCAUGCAGAGGACUUGACCGUGGACGAGGACCAGAGGUCUCUGUAUGCCACGCUCCAGGCUGCCGCCAAGGAGCUCAUUAAGAAGUGGGCCACCCAGGAGAACCCGGAUGAAGGGGACGGUCGAGAGUUCUUGGCCCUGGUCACCGUGACAGACAAAGCCAAGAAGGAGGGGCUGGAGAAAGAGCCCCUUGGAACUGAGUCCAAUGGCCUCAACGCCAAAGAGGACAGGAGCGGUGUCCCCGACUUAGUGGCCUUAAUGGCUGUGAGAGACACAGAGAUGGAGGAUCUCAUUAAGGAUGAUACUUCUGGGAGUGCGUCACAGGAAAAUGGGGACCGGGCAAAAGAAGGGGUGGACAAUCCUGAGUUUGUGGCCAUUGUGGCACAUACAGAGCCCUCAGAUCCCUGGGCCCGGGAGGAGAUGUUGAAAAUCGCUUCUGUGAUUGAGUCGCUGGGUUGGGGUGACAAGAACCAAAAAAGUGACACCCUUCCCCAAGUCUUGUUGGUCAUGUCCAAGGAUACAUCUGGAACCCGCGUGAAGGUGGAAGAGGCAGGCCGUCAGGUGGACGCUAUGGUCCUGAGGAAGGCGGAGGAAGAUGGGAACCUUCUAGAAUGUAUUUCGGCCUUGGCUGAGCCAGACAACCGUCACAAGGGGAAGAAGACUCCUCUCGGCCUCCCUCGGCGCUUGGGCAAGGACGGCAAGGUCAAGGGCAGCCUCCUGGAGCUGGUGGCGCUCCUGGCUGUACAGGACAUGGUUGACUUGGUCAAGGAGGAAGAGGAGAACAGGUGCCCAGCGGCCAAGUGCAAACACCCCAAGAACAACGUGGAGGAAGUUCUGGCUUUCCUGGCUUCCCAAGAGAACCUGGAGUCCAGCGAGGAGUCAGAGUCAGAUGACACCGACAGUGAGGAGUCGGAGCCCGAGGACAGCGCAUCUGACAAGCCCCGGGCCAAGAGGGCGCGCAAGAGCUCCAAGGGCCUGACCCAAGCCUUGGUCCUCACCGCGGCCCCGAUUAGCAGAACCGGCAGAGGCUGGGGUGUCACUCAGGAGAAGAAAGCCAGGAGCCGGUCUUCAACCAAGAAUGAUGCAGGAAGAAAGAAGAAGAAUGGGCGCUCAGGCUGCAGGGCCAACACUGGGGCUGUCGAGGCCAGGGGACAGCCACCAGCUGGUCCCAAAUCCUCCCGUGGGAAGAAGGCACGUCGGGGCCCGAAGCGGCCCCCCAAAUGCUGCUAGAAGAUGCACGGUUCCCCCUGCUAGCGGGUCCUGCCUUUGUGUGGACCCACUUCCCCCUUUUCUCUCUCUCCUCUCUGUGUCCCUCCCUCCAGCAGAAGCGUCCUUCUUGCUUAACUGUGUGCUGUGAGCUCCGCUACAUCCCCGGCCCGUGUGUGACACCUUUCCCUCCCAGUCCCUCGUGGGGAGAUGGCUCCAGUGAUCCUGAUGGCAGAAGCCGUGAUUCAAGAUGGAAAAAAAAGAUGGACACCUCGAGUUGGCAGCCAGCGGAGAUGAGACACCGGGGGCAUUGACAGCUGGCGACUUGGGUGGCCCUGGUAACAACCGCGUGACUCUUGUCGGUGGACACUGGACCCUGUGCAGGCGAGCUAGGCCAGGGAGCUCUGUCUGGUUGUGGUGGGGCCCUGGUCAUUCCAGGUGCAGGCUCUGGGAGCGGCUGGGAGCCCCUGUGGCCUCCGCCCCAAUCUCACAGGACCUGGGGUUCGCAGAGAUCAAAGGGUUAAGGUGCCUGUGGGGGAACUGGGACUCCAGAAGAGAGAGCCAAGAGGCAGAGGGAGGCUGGGAGGAGGAGGGUUGGGAGGAGGGGAGGUGGGACGAGGAAGGGGAGGAGGGAAACUGCUCACCAGCCCCACCUACCUGAGGCACCGCAGAUGCAAAUGAACCAGUUUAAGGCCAAGGCCACCUGUCCUGGUCCACAGGCCACUCGGACAGCCUUCAGUGUUUACCAGAACUUGUAAUAAUAUGCCAAUAUGUUCUUUUUAGGGCAAUUGGCAUAAAAUCCACAUUUCUGGCUCCUCUGGCCUCCCCAGUUUAGGCCCUCUUCCUACAGGCCUGGGGCUCCCUUGGGUCAUCUCACCAGUGGUCCUCACUGCCUCAUGGGGCUGACCUGCCCCUCAGUUCUGCCCUUUCUGCCCAGACUUAAGAUGAAGUCCUCCUCCCCCCCAGCUGAGGCCCCUGCAGCCCUUAAAGGAGCGGGGUGUCUCCUUGAAGGAAGUCAUGGCUCUGCCCUUGGAUCCUCCCCCAGUAAGCCUGGCCAUGCUUCCUCUUUGUGUUUUGUGUUCAGGUGCACCGUGUGCCGAGGUCCUGCUACCCACCUCCAUGAUCUUCCUAAGUAGUGCUUUGCACUUGUGCCUUCCUCACCCUCUCGUCCCUGGGGUUGUGUGGGUGUUUCUUUGUUCUAGUGUCCAUCUCCAGGAGUCCAUGGUGCCAGGGGGGUUUGACCUGCCCUGUUCUCACAGCCCACACUAGACUGUCCAAGCCCUACUCUGGGGACACAGAGGUGAAGAAACUGCCGGGGCUAUGGGUGCUUCUUUGUGCUCUGAGGCUGUCUCCCACCCUGCCAUCUAGGGACAGUGACCAGUUCAGCAAGGAGCAAGCAGGCCAGGCUGGCCUGGGGCUCCUGGGUGCUGAUCGACAUGGGGAUCUGAUUCUGGGCCUGGGGGCUGCUGGAGAUGCCUGUGGGUGGGGUGGGUUCCCUGUAUCACUUCUCCCCUCAGCAGUUGGGGAUUCCUGUCCUGUGUGUUGUGUCACUUCUAGUCCUCUAGUGAAGAUGAAUGAAACAAUCCUCCUGACUGUGGCUGUCUGUACUGUGGGAGCGGGCCCCACCAUCAUGGCUGUCUUGCAGCUAGAUCGUCCCUGUUCUAGCUUCUGUCCUUUGCUUCUUGGUGUCUGUGUCCUGUGUCAGGCCCUGAGUGCUGGCCACCAGCCCCCAAGCCUCAGCUGCAGCCUUGGACACCCAUGGAGGCUCUGGAG